AUGUCUUGUAUCGCCAACUACUGGCGAAUCUUUGUCCCCGUCAAAUCGACGGCGGAGUUGUCUGCAGAAGAAUGGCUGUUUGUGGUCCCGUGGGGACCCAACGACUUCAUCACAUCUUCAUGCGUCCGCUUCACUCGGUGGCGGCUCCUGGUCAUGUCCAUCUUUGGUCACGUCUGCGUUGGCUCGUUCUUGGCGUUCAACACACUUGUGGAUGGCCUCGACGUGCACUUUUACAGCCACCACACUGGCGACACCAUCCAAACGAUGCUGCUCUCGUUUGUAUUUUUCGGGUUCAGCGCUGCAUUCAUCGGGCCCUUCGUUGAAAACCACCCGCCGCGAACGAGCCUCGCCGUUGGGACGAGUCUUGUUGCAACGGGGUACUUUCUAUCACAGAUGGCCGUCGUCGGUCGAAGCCCGAUCGUCUUGACCAUUGGGUUCAGUGCGUUUAGCGGGACUGGCUUUGGCGUCGUGCUCAUAGCCCUCACGAGCGGCGUGCAAAAGUGGUUUCCCGACUGCCGUGGUCUCGCCAGCGGAUUGUGCAUGUUCGGUCUCGGCCUUGGGUUCACUGGCUUCACACUUUUCUACACGUGGCUGUUGAAGCGCAUCGGUCCGUACGAUCCUGUUCAAGACAUUACUGCUAUCCCGCACGUGUUUUGGAGUUCAGGUAUUGGACUCGUGGGUGUGCUGGCAGUGUGUGCAGCAGUGGUGCGAACGCCGCCUCCCACAUUUGAAGUGAAUGGACAAGAUAUUCAUUGCAUUCCUGUGAGCCGUGCCCCCCGUCACGACGUCAUUCACGACGAAUUCCUGAAAGCAGGGAUGACUCUGGUCAAUUUUAAUCUGCUCCAAGAGCCCCAUGACGCGAUGACCGAUGUCCGCUACUUCCAGCAAGUGAAGGCCAUGACAUUGCUUCAGUGCAUCACGUCGCUGGAUUUUGCCUGCCUGUUUAUUGCGUUCGCCGCCAACUCGAUCCCUGGUAUGCUCUUUGCGAGCGAAGUGUACGACAUCGCGGCGGGCGUGUUCAGUCAGUCCAGCAGUGCCGCCAACCACCUCGUCUUACAAGGAUUCGUGGCCAACUCGAUCGGUCGCCUGGUUUGCCCCGCCAUCUCGGACCUCCUCAUCCGAGUCUUUUAUACAAACCCAGCCUUUGCACGCAAAGCAGUGUUUGUGGCGCUUUUGACAGCCCAACUCGUCGCCUUUGGAUUCGUCUCGGACCGUGCCACAAUGACAUUCGAGUCGACCAGUGUCGUGGUAAUCGUGGUCGUAUUUUGCUCUGGUGGUGGCUUCGCCCUCCUUCCGUGCUUUAUCACCGACAUGUUUGGGGUGUACCACACCGCAACAAUGUGUGGACUUGCGCUGACUUGCUGGUCCCUUCGUUCUGUGGUCGUGGGGUAUGCCUUCCACGCUUUCCAAGUCACGCCAGAGUCGCUUGGCCACCAGUUCAACGCGCUCUUGAUUCUUGUGGCUGUCGGGUGGGCAGCAUCGCUCAUCGUGCGUACAAACACCAUGGACCGGUUCUACGUUGGGUAUCAAUUAAGCCUGUGCGGCAAGGUCGUCGUUCGACUUGGCGGAGGUGGCAUCCAUCUGGACGAAGGAAGCAUGUCAGUCAUGGAGACCGCUCGGGAGCGCGUCUCAACCGUCAAGUAGCAAGAAAGCCAUGCAGUGGAGGCUAGCUUUUUAAAAGGGGGCUGCGAUCGGCCCCUCCGUCGAUUGUUGCUAUCUAAUGUCCACGGUGCGCUCCAAAUGUAGUAAAGAAACGAGACAAAAUGACGAUGUUUGUGUAAACAACGUAUCAUAAUAAAUGCAAAUUGA